UACACAUGCACAAGCAUGUGCUGUGUUAGUUUAGAUGCCAUGCUGGUUUAGGAUACAUAAUUACUCAUAUCAGUCUACCAUGAAUUGGCCCUGCAGAUGGGAGAUGCUCCUUAUUACCUUGUGGAUACAAGUGGGAUUUAUGCCUGGCAUACAUUGCAAGGAUGGGACAGUCAGUCAUCUGUUAAGGGAAGCAGAUGUUUUACUCUUAAAGGAUGAGCAGGAUCCUAAAUGUUUCACGCGGACACAAGAGGAUUUCACUUGCUUCUUUGAGACUGCAGACAACAGGACUUAUGAUUUUCUCUAUGUCUUCGACAGCCAAUCUGGAAAGAAAAGGUGUGACAUGUCUGUUCAGGCAACAGAAGAGGGAACUUUCCUCUACAUCUGCUCAUUUCCUGCCGAGGAUGUUUUGUUGUAUAGUUGGAUACACCUUGACGUGGAGGUACACAACACCAGCACCAUCCUGUACAACCGGACUGUCGCUGUGGAGGACCACAUUCUCCUGGAUCCGCCAUUCAAUGUGUCUUUACAACAAAAUGGCCAAGUAGGGCAACUGCAGGUCUCAUGGCACACAGAUGUCUCAAAAUACAUGAAAGGCAAUGUGAUGUAUAGGAUUCGUUACUCCUCCAAGGGGCUGGGAGAGAAGACAAAAGAUGAGGCAAAGGAGGGUGACGUACUAGUCUCUCUGGUACCAGGGGAAGAGGUUGAGGUCCAGGUCACUGUCAAAUGUGCCCCUGAUACAAAUGCAGGACACUGGAGCAGCUGGUCACACCCUGUACAAGCCAUGGUUCCCCAAAGGGCAGAUGAUGUUUCACUCAUGUGCUACACUUCUGACAUGCAAAAUAUCACAUGUCAGUGGAAUACGAGCAGAUAUGGUGAAAAGAAAGAGUACAAACUUUUCUACAAGAUGAGUCUCAGUGAAGCUUUGGGCUGGACAGACUGGACUGAGUGUCAUGCUGACAGGAACUUGACUGAGCUGUGCCGUUUCCGUGGAGAUGAGUCCAGAAAAGUCAGGAUCAAGCUCAGCGGCACUCCAUCUCCACUCAGCAGAACCUUCUAUAUUCAAAAGUUCACACUCAACAACAGCAUCAAAACAUCCCCACCAAGUCAUCUGAGAGGAGCACUGGAGAAAGAUAAGUUGUGCUUGAAAUGGGACGCUCCUCUUCAGUCUCUGUCAGCUCACCUGCAGUAUGAAGUUGACUACCAGAUCAGAGGGGGUGAAGCAAGGAUGAGGGUAUCCCUAAAUAGUCCUUGUCUAGAGGUUCCAAUAGGUGGCCGGUACAGUGUUAAAUUAAGAGCUAAACCUAGUGGAUCCAUUUACUCAGGCGACUGGAGUGACUGGUCAGAUGUGCUUACUGGUGAGCCCCCCACUAACAUAGGCACUUUACUCAUGCUGUGUAUCCCUGUCCCGCUGCUGAUAACUGCUAUAAUCCUCCUCUCUUUAAUUUACACUCAUCUCAGUAAGCUUAAACAGUAUUUUUGGCCGCCGGUUCCCAACCUUGACAAAGUCCUGCAAGGCUUUCUAAAAGAGAUCAACGGGCAGAGAUGGAAUCCUCCGAUAAUGGCAAAGCAGUGCUCUGAGGAAACCACUUCAUCUGUGGUGGAGGUGAUGUCAGAAGAGGAUUCUGGAUUGGGGAAGCCAUCAGAGGAAUUCACAGAGUUCCUGUUGCCAGAAAGUGGCUUCUCCAGCAAUGAACAUGUAGAUGGAAGUCCUGGGACUGAAGUCUUUCCGGACUAUGUGACUCUGAGCAAAGACAGUGUUAUUGUUUGCCCAAAUGGAAACUAUGUCUACAAGCAGGUUGGAGAGAAAGAAGGCCCAGAGGUAAGAAAUGAGCUCCUCCAAACAUGUCACUCUUCCUGCACUAAUGGCUCAGUUUACACCCCACUCUGCUUAGGCACUGACUUUCUUAACCAUUCCUACUUUCCUCUGGCUGAGCCUGCAGACAAAUUCAACUGCAAGGUCACUGCUGCAAGGAGGCCAGGCAACCUCUAUACCAAUUUCCCCAGUAGCUAAAUGUACAGUAUAACAAGUGUACUUUGUUUCCACUGGUGCAGAUUUGUUGUAUAAUAUGCACAUUCUUAUUGACAUAAGAACUCACUGUAAAUUGAUACAGAUCUACAUGUCUAAGUUUACUGCAUGAGUAGCAAUUGGCUGUAUAACAAGGCCUUUAAGAGGAAUAAUGCACCCUGAGGCAUACACAGUAUAAUGUGGGUUAGUUUUGAUCAUGGCAUUCUCUUUCAUAAUUUGUGUUAGAUCAAGCUUUUUGGUUCAAAUGGUGUUGAAGAUAUUUAGGCAAUGUAUAUAUUAAUUUUAUAUUUGUAAUUGUAUAUAAAGGUUUCUUCUGCAUCAGGGCUGACAGUUUAUCUACACCGCUGUAUCUUUCUGUGUCCACUAGAGGGAACAGUAGAUCACAAGAUGCUUUAAGAGACUGCAAGACCCCACUCAGUGGCUUUGGUGGCCAAGAAGACUGUUUUGUAUGGUACCACGUGCCAAUAAUUAGUUCUUUUCAGAGUACUAUGCUUAGAGUACCUUGGAUAAAAAAGUGAAAAUAGUAGAAAGACAAUUUGAAAAAAUAGGUGCAAAAAGGGACUGGGGCUAUUACUAUUAACUUAACACAAUGUUUCAGAUUGAGUUUGUACAUUUUUUUUAAAUUUAAGAUUUGAAUAUAAGGUCUUGAAUUUUGUAUGUUUUCUUACUAUUCUAAAUGACCUGUAUCUGUUUUUUGGGACCUGUCCGACUGCCUUGCCAUUGUUUGUUAUUGUUGUUAAGUACUUAUUAACUCAUUUAAAUAGUGAACAUUUUUCUUUUGUAUUUUGUGGAAGUUCCUCAGAAUCCUACUUGAGGUUGCUGAUGACAUGAAAUUCAUUAUGUUCAUUAUGUCAUAACUUGAGGGUUUGUAUUUUUGGCAAUAAACCUUGAAAUGCUG